UGAGGCUUCUGUAGCCUGUUGAAUGUGAACAUUAUGCUAUGAAGCUCAGUAAAGCCCCGCCUCCUUGACUGGAGUCUCUUGAUGCAACAGGAAGUGACAACCCCCUCCUCAAAGAGUGCACGGACUGAAAAGAAAAGAAGAAAAAAACACGCCUGUGAGCCUCGUGUGUCGGCCUGAACGUCAACGUGGCACCGCAUGGAAGCAUGUCCGCUUCCUAAAGUUCCCAAGGAAGCGGAGACCUGCUUCUGUAGAUAAACACAAACGAAGUGUGUUUGCCAUGGCCCACGGCACCACCACCAUCCAGUAUGAGCGACUGGCGGAGAUCGGUGGCGGCGCUUACGGGACUGUUUAUAAGGCCCGUGACAUCGAAAGCGGUCAGUUUGUGGCUCUAAAAAGCAUGCGCGUCCAGAUGGACAACAACGGCCUGCCCACGUCCACCGUCCGAGAGGUGGCGCUCUUGAAACGACUGGAACAGUUUGACCACCCCAACGUCCUCAGGCUCAUGGACGUUUGCGCUACACCGAGGUCAGAACAGGAGACCAAAGUCACUUUAGUUUUUGAACACGUGGACCAAGAUCUCAAGACGUACUUGGAGAAAGCCCCAGCUCCGGGGUUAGCCCCUGAACGCAUCAAAGACCUGAUGAGACAGGUGCUGUGCGGUUUGGCAUUCCUGCACUCUAACCGAGUCAUGCACAGAGACCUGAAACCAGAGAAUAUUCUGGUAACCAGCCAAGGCCAGGUGAAGCUGGCCGACUUUGGACUGGCCCGCAUGUAUAGCUGCCACAUGGCCCUCACUCCCGUGGUGGUGACACUGUGGUAUCGGCCCCCUGAGGUUUUGCUGCAGUCGAGUUACGCCUCACCUGUGGACGUCUGGAGCUGCGGCUGCAUCUUUGCUGAAAUGUUCAAACGCAAACCUCUUUUCUGCGGACAAUCCGAAGUGGACCAACUUGGGAAAAUCUUUGAGGUUAUUGGUCUGCCACCAGAGGAGGAGUGGCCAAGUGAUGUUACGCUUUCAAGGGAACACUUCCCCCCUUGCUCGGCCCGCCCACCAACUGACUUUGUUCCGGAGAUAGAUGAGCAGGGGGCACGACUGCUGCUGGAAAUGUUGACCUUUGACCCCGCCAAACGAAUAUCUGCCCUAAAUGCACUAAAUCACCCGUACUUCUGCAACCAGGAGACAUUGACUCAGACACAAAGCUGAGCCACUGCCGUAAACAACAACAAGAAGAGGGAGAGGUAAUGGUCCAGCAUUGGCCAAAAGAUUUCACUUUUAAGGAGUUUGUACCGCUGCCAUGGGAUCUUAUUAUCUUAUUCCUUCAACUUUGGAAAAAGGAAUCACACAUUGAAGAGGAACACAUGUUAAUGUCACACUUGCAUGACUAAGUUUGUGUCUGUCAUAUGGCAAUAUUUGGAUUGUCGAAUGCAUGAGGAACGUAUUCACAGUGCUUCAUGUUGGAGCCGUAUUCCAAAAUGGAGUAAGUUCUUUUUUUUUUCUCCCCCUCUCCCUUUCACAAUUUUACACGCAAUACCCCAUAGUGGCGUGGCAACAUGAAAAAAAAAUGUAACAAAAAAAAGCAAUCACAUGUAUAUAAGUAUUCAUAGCCUUUGCCAUAAAGUUGAAAAUUGAGCUGUGCUGCAACCUCGGGCUGUGAAUACUUUUUUUUAGUUUUCAUAUACUUGCAUCAUUUCAAAAAACAUUUUUCAUGUUGUCAUUAUAUGUGUUGUGUGGAGAAUUUUGAGAGGAAAAAAGACUUUAUUCCGAUUUGGAAUAAGGCUGUAAUGUGGAAAAAGUGAAGCACUGCGAAUACUUUCACAUGCACUGUAAUAUGACGUGGUGCACUUGUCACUCAUGUACACCCGGGAGACACAUGCAACACCUUUUAGAGGGUGUGAGCAGCAGAUCUUUAGUCAUGUAACUGUAUUUGUGUUGAUAUUUAUCACCCAAGAGAAAAAACGACUGCAGAAAUAAGUGAAUGAUGAUGAUGAUGAAACAGAACUGUAUCUAAAUCAUGACAAGUAAUGCACAUAAUGACCUCAAAUACACUCAAAAGUCAAUUUGGGAAAAAGUAAGUUUUUAUUAAUAACCGGUGGACUGAUAAGGUGGGUUUCAUUUGUUUUUAAGUUUUAAUGGCUGUUUUGUGUUUGUUUUGGAAAAGCAUCUGAAAUGAACCUGCACUGCAACCACAAAAUAAAAACACUUGAACACAACUGACUGGUUCAUUUCAUGUGCAACUUCCGAUCUUAACAGAAAACAAGUAAACAUAAUUAUUACUCUUAUUACUCCAUUAGAGGUGAAUAUUAUUCUAUAAAACUUAUAUUAAUACAUGUAGUGCAGACUCUAGACAAAAAUAUACUAAUUAUAAUCAAUCACUUUGCAUUUUGGAGUGGCCUUUUAUUGUGGCCAGCCUGAGGCGCACAUGUGCAAUAAUCAUGCUGUCCAAUCAGCAUCUUAAUCUGCCACAGGCUCAAGAAAAAUGGGAGCAAAAGUGUUUACAUUUUUGUUGACUUUAUGAAUAUAAAAGAGACAAAUAUUUCUCACA